AUGUCAUCCUCCAAACGAAAAGACAAAGACAAAGAUAAAUCCAAAGAUAAACCCAAAAAGCCAUACCAUAUAAAACGAUCCGACCUAGAUCUAGAAUUCUACGAACAGCAACAAGAACAGAAAUCAUUUUCGCUGUUAUUCUCUCGUUCCAUCAAUUCUCUCAUCCGUUCCAAACAGUUUUACGCAUAUUUGGUGUUACAAGGUAUAGCGGCAUGGUGGGGGUUGGGACAGGUGUUUUUCUGUGUGGGGAUUCUGUGGAUGAUGUAUGCGAAUACGGGGUUGAAAAAGAAGGAAGGGGAGAAGAGUAGUUGGAGUGUUUUUAAUAAGGGGUUUGAAGCAAUCGAAGGGUCGACGGAUAUGGAGGCUGUGGAAAGGGAGAUUCGGUCGAGGGGGUUGAUAUGA